GCCAAGGUGUCCCACAGUGUUUACAAGAUGAGCAAAGAGUUCCCUGGGAAGGCUGGGGGGACAUCUAGUUACAUGCCCCCUGAGGCUUUGGAAAAUGUGUCAUACAAACCCAUUCGUGCCUUUGACAUCUACAGAUGUACAUGCCAGAGACUCCAGGUUCUGUUUUCUCAUCAAAGACAGAGGACAGAGGCCUACCCUGGAGGAUGUGGACAAAGAGCAGGUCGAGGGGCUAGGGGACCUGGUGGAGCUCAUGGAGAAGUGCUGGGACCAUGAGCCCUCUAAGAGACCCCCUUUCAAGAAAUGCUUCCUUGUGACAAGAGGGUUUGAGAAGCACAAGAAGGGGAUACGCAAUGCUGUCCAUCAAGUGCUUACAAAACUGGACUCGGGAAGUAAAACAUCAGGUGUUGGCGCCCUCCAUGUAUCUGCAAGUUCAAAGCCAUCUGGUAUAACACUUUAUAACAACUAA